CCUAAAAUCGAGGAGGAAACCUACUGACUGACUUCUCGUCCCCAAGUCACCAAACCAGAGGGGGCGUCUCCACCUCCUCCACCUUCCUCGAUCCAGCCAUGUCGUCCGCGCCGCCCUCUCACCAAUCCAAACCCUCCCAACACCGCCGCCAGCACCACAACCCCGGACCAAGGCAGCCGCCGCCGCAGCAGCGGUACGUCCACAAAUCCGCCUCCCCCGCGGCCCCAAAACCUUCGCCCCCUUCCCAGCCAUCGCUCACCACUGCGCUCCGAUCGUCGACCGCCUCGUCCUCCGCGUCCGGCUCUGGCAGGGGCACCAGCGGCAGGGUUGGUGGCCCGGCGGCUGAUAGAUUCGUCGCGUACCUGCCGCAUGACGAGGCCGUCGCGGCGGGGCUCGGCGGCCUUGACGCCCAUGAGUCGCAGACCGUCGUCGACCUCCUCAACGAUGCGCUCGCCGCGCUCCUCCGGGCCAAACCUCGAGAGCUCUGGCGCCAGGUGGCACAGAAUACUUCUUUGCAUGAUUUCCUGGAUAGUUACCUACAAUUCAGGCACCGGUGGUAUGAUUUGCCACACCGGAGCCCAAAGAGGGCAGUAGCAGGUUUGGUUGUUGGGGAGCUUGAGCUUUGCCGUCGUGUCUUUAUGGUCCUCUACCGCAUAUCCUCAAACAAGGAUCCUGGAGCAGGUCGUGGUGAGUCCCUUAGUAUGAAGGAGCAUACAGCCCUUCUGCUGGAGAAAAAAUUGCUUGAUCUGCCAAAAUUGUUGGAUGUAUGUGCUAUAUAUGAGCAUGACAACAACAAGUUAACAAGUUCACUGGUUACAAAUGCUAUUAAUGUGCAGCCAAAUGUCUUGGAUGGCAUUAAUAUUGUCAUUCCCCAGUUCCUUGGCAUUUUCCACACGAUGCAUGAUAGGUGCAUGACGUCUUUACAGGUGCUCACUUCAACAGGAUCAAUUGAUAAUGGAUAUAUUCAACUUCAUAAAGAUUUCUUGGAGGUGUUAGAUUUUAUAAAUGAUGCAAUUGUUACUCUGGAUUCCUUUGUUGGUGCUUAUCAACCUGCUGCUUUGUUGUUCUGUACUAAUUUUGAAAUGAGCUAUGGUGUUGAGGAAUUACUGAAUACCCUUUCAAGAUUGUAUGAUUCAUUGUUACCAUCAUUACUUCAGGGUUUUAAAGUUAUAUCCAAGUCCCAGAGCAAUGGAUUGGCAUCACCUGACAGCAUGCUUAGUGACACUGCUCUUGGUAUAAGGAUGUUAUCAAAGAGAACAGUCAGAUUUGGUUGGAGAUUGUUGCACUACUGCUAUUUAAAUGAUCAACUUAAGGAGCAUGAUGCUCAAUCUUCUACUAAGAUGUUUCCAGCUAAUGUUGAAGACCCUAUUAUCAGGGGAGAUAUCUUGGUUCAAACACUCAAAGAUAUAAACAGAGAAGCCACUAACUCUUCUCAACUGAACCAUGGAAAUACUUUCCUCCAAUCACUUGAAAGUGAAUUUCAGUUAAUGAGCCAGGUUGACAACAUUCGGAACAAAGGAUGGAUGUACAUGGAUGAUGAGCAGUUCCAGUUCAUAUCACGUUUGUGUGGAUCUACUCACAGUUGGAAUAGUAUACCUGAUUUGCCAGUCUCUUCUCAUGGUGGUGAAUUACAACAAAGGGAUGAGGAAAUGGCGAUGGUUGAGUCCAAGAUUAGUCAGAUAAGGGACCUUUUCCCUGAUUAUGGGAAGGGUUUCCUUGCUGCUUGCCUGGAAGCCUACAACCUGAACCCUGAGGAAGUUAUCCAAAGGAUAUUAGAAGGAACACUUCAUCAAGAUCUUCUAGCUCUGGAUACAUCAUUAGAAGAGAUGCCACAGAAAAAGGCACCAACUGCUGUAAAAGAUAAAGGAAAGGGCAUAUUGGUGGAGACUGCGCCUCAAAUUACAGCAAAACCCCAUAAAGUUGCUCAGGCACGUUACAUUGUUCAAGAUGGCCCAUCUUCUGCAGCUUCAUCAGCACCCCAGGGCUCAUCUUCUGCAAUUUCAUCAGCACCACAGGGCCCAUCUUCUGCAGUUUCUUCAGAAUUUCAGGGAUCAUCUUCUGCAAUUUCAUCUGUAUCACAGGGCCCAUCUUCUGCAGUUUCAUCAGAAUUCCAGGGAUCAUCUGCAAUGUCAUCUGUAUCAUCUGUCCCACAAGGUAGAUUUACGAGGAAGGCCAAUGAUGAUUUGCCUGACACUGCAAUUCUGGACUCGAAAAAUGCUAAAGAUGCUGUUAGAUCUGUUAUCCUUGACUCCCAAUAUGAAUAUGAGGACGAGUAUGAUGAUUCAUUUGAUGAUCUUGGCUUCAGUGUGGUAGAGUCAAGUUUUGAGGAAACUGAUGGUGCCAAUGACACUGAUACUUUAUCACACGGGCCAAGAUGGAGUUCACAGAAGAAACCGCAGUUCUAUGUCAAGGACGGGAAGAAUUACAGUUAUAAGGUUGCUGGUUCAGUUGCUGUAUCCAGUGCUCGAGAAGCAGCUGUCUUAAGGCAAACUCAAAAAGAUACAAUCUAUGGUCUUGGCCGUGGUGGAAAUGUUCCUUUUGGUGUUCCCAGUAGGCAACAUAUAGAUGUGGAGGAAGCGGAGGUUCAUGUUGCAAACAACUACGGCAGAGGAGAUUCAAAUCCCCGUGGCCGAGGAAGAAGGGGUGGCAGGGGUCAAGGCAACCCUCUAGAGGAGAAUGAGAACCCCAGUGGACAAGGCUAUGGCCGCGCUGGUAGAAGAGGGGGCUGGAAUCAAGGCAGCAUGGCUGAGGAAAAUGGGAACCCUAAUGGUCAACAAGGAUUUGGCCGUGGUGGUAGAAGAGGGGGUUCCAAUCAGCGCAGUCUAGCUGAGGAAGAUGACGCUAACUCCCUAGGCAGACAACAAGGUUUUGGCCGCGGUGCAAGACGGGGAAGGAACCAUGACCGUCCUGCAGAGGACAGCGAAGAUCCUGAUCCAGCAGAAGGCUUUGCUCGAGGUGGGCCAGCGCCCCGGGGUGGCGACCCUGGUAGGGGAGGUGGCCGGAAUCAUCACAGGAGAGAUCGGGCAAUGAAGAAGCAUAUGCAAGGAUUGACAGGGCUGUAGCUUCUAGUAGCAUUCAACUUUGAAGAGCUGAACUGUAAAUGCAUCCUUUUGGGGGCACUCAUACAUAGACCAGCCAGAAUUUUGUACGUGUGCCCUCCAUAGGUGCUCGUCUAUAUGUAUUGUCGAAAGUAGCAUAUAUAGAGGUGAAUUACCGUUUAGUACUUUGUUUCGUGCAGUCGUUCAUGUUCAUGGUGCUUUUUAGUUCUCCAAACUUUCAUACUCUCAAAUGCAGCGAAUAUAUGCGCUCUUGGACUGGAAA